CCAAGUGCUUCAGGUGCUUGUGAACGCUUUCCACGCGGAAUGGUGAACAUAACAGCGGAUUGUUUACUAAAUGAUAUUUGGACAUAGUGUGUGGUGCUUUCAUGGAUUCGGGAUUUUGUGAAGUGGGGGCUGAACAAGCGCGGGACGUUUCUAUGGCCGCAUCUUUGGAGGUUAUGCAUCCGUUGGACCCACCGCCUCCAGAUGUCUUACUUGCUUUAUUGGCUAGAAACAAGGCUCUCGAAGCCAGUAUCCCGAAAUGUGGUGGAUGUCACGAGAUGAUCGUAGACCGCUACGUCCUCAAAGUAUCAGAUCGUACUUGGCACGCGGGUUGUCUUCGAUGUGUGGAGUGUCGUGCAAUGCUCUCCGGGAAGUGUUUUGCAAGAAAUAAUCAGCUCUACUGCACUGAGGAUUUCUUCAAUCCUAGGCGGUUCGGUACAAAAUGUGCAGGGUGCGGGCAAGGAAUCCCGCCGACGCAAGUAGUUAGACGAGCGCAGUCGCAUGUUUACCACCUGCGCUGCUUUGCGUGUGCGGCUUGCGCCAGAACUUUGAACACAGGCGACGAAUUCUACUUAAUGGAGGACGGGAAGCUUGUGUGUAAACCUGAUUAUGAAGCGGCUAGAGCUAAAGGGGAUGGUUCCAUCGAUGGGGAUGCAGCGAGCAAAAGACCACGUACGACGAUUACAGCGAAACAAUUGGAAACCCUGAAAAGUGCUUACAGCAGUAGUCCGAAGCCUGCGAGGCAUGUCCGGGAACAGCUGGCACAGGACACCGGCCUGGAUAUGCGAGUAGUACAAGUCUGGUUUCAAAAUAGAAGAGCAAAGGAGAAAAGACUGAAAAAAGACGCAGGUCGGACGCGAUGGUCUCAAUAUUUCAGAUCCAUGAAAGGCUCGGGCGGAGGUUCACCCAGACACGACCGCUUACUCGACAAAGAUGAGCUUAAAAUCGACUUGGAUUCGUUUAGUCAUCAUGAGUUGAGCAACGACAGCUACAGUACGGCUGCAAUGGGGGGCGAAGAGGGGUCUCCCGCGGGCGUGGGGGGCUCCCGUUUCGGGGCCACACCGCCGUACUUGCGCGCGCAUUCGCCCCCCCACGCACACUACCACUACCCGCCGGACCACCUCGUCUACACCAAUAUCGGUCAAGCAAUAAGCGGCGGUCUCGCUACCGGCGGUGCAUCAGACAUGAGCAGCUCGUCAUCCCCCGCCGCUGGGGGCUAUCCCGACUUUCCCCCAUCACCAGACUCGUGGCUCGGUGAGCAUUAUUCACCUCGAGGAUAUCCCUAGCGGCGGCCACCGCCAGCGCACGGGCACUUAGCGCCCCCAUCGCUGCCCGCGCCCUGCCCGCCGCAGAUUGCAUUGCAACCGCUCGAACUAGUUGUUAAACGUGAAAUGUGACUUACAAACAAUUUCAUUAGCGGGUAAUGCAGUUGUCAUUGCGUACACUUAUCAUUUCAAUUUACCACUAAAACAUUGUUAUAACAUAUACAAUAGCGAGGCAAACAGCGCGAAUUAUUUUCCACUUCUCUACAGGUACUCGCCUCAAAACAUUCUGUAGUUAUUGAAAAUUUCUUAUGUUGACUGAAGCUUCUUAUUUGAAUGGGUUCAAUGAUGCUUGACGCAUAAAUGAAAAUGCAAAAAAUUUAAAGCGAUAAUGAUUGAUAUACGGGUUUGUAUAAAUAAUGAAACCUGUACUUACCCCGGAGUAACAAGCGAUAUCUAUUGUCGACUUUCCUAAUGAUAACUUUGAUGCUAUCAGUGACUUUAUCAUUAUCACAUCGUCGGUACAGAUAAUCAGACUAAUAUAUGAAUUAACAUAAAAAAGAAAUUAAAACUUGAAUUGAUGUGAUCCAAGCCUUUGAAGUCCGUUAGAAAUAAAACAUCGUUACAGGCUUAUAAGGCAAUACAUUAGAUAAUGAUAAUAAAUCAAACAAUACUGUUUUGUGCAAUGGAUUGAUUUAUAUAUAGUCAUGUAAAAGCGCAGCGUUUUAAACAUUUCGUAAUUUCUGUAAAUAUUAGAAUAUGUUUAAUAAAGGAACUAAUUUAUAUUAAAUUGUAAAUAGUUAAAUGUAUUUAAUAUUAUUUACGCAUGUAGGUAAUAAGAAAUUCUGGUGAAAGUCUAAGUCUUGUUUCAAUGCAAUGUAAUUAACGUUAUAACAUAAUCAAGUGUUUUAUUGUAAUGUAAAUGUUUUACGAUCACAACUUUGACAGAAUACUGUAUAUACAAUGAAUGUAAUUAAAAAUCUAUCAAAUAGCUCAUUAAUUAAGUCCAUAGUAAUACUUUGUGCAAAGAAUCUAGUCGAGAGAUAUCAUGUAUAAUGUUAUAUGUAAAU